CCUACUUCCCCCCCUCACCUGCUUUCCCCCCCAAUUCGCGUCUCGGGGUCCUCUUGGACCAGCCACCCGGCGGAGGCGGGCACGCCGAGUGACCGGAGCGCCGCCGCCACCGGCAAAAGCCACGGCACGGCACCCAUGGAGUCGCGCGCCCUCCUGCACGCCCGGCCCGCCGCCCUCCCUCCCCGCGCCGGCCUGCGCCUCCCUCUCCCACUCCCGCGCCCGCGGGCAGUCUCCCUCACCCCCGCCGCCAAGCCCGCGGCGCUCCAGUCCCCGCUCCUCGCGUCGAGAGGCCCCUUCCUCCCGCGGCACGAUGCGGUUCUGGGGAAUGGGUUCCUGAAGCGGAGAGCGGCCAGCGCUGGCGGUGACGUGUCCUUCCGCGCCCAGGCGGCGGCGGCGGUGCCGGCGCCGGCGCCGCAGCCGGAGGAGUCCAGUACAAAGUUCCUCGGCAUCGACGUGAAGACGCUCAAGAAGAUCGUGCCGCUGGGGCUCAUGUUCUUCUGCAUCCUCUUCAACUACACCAUCCUGCGGGACACCAAGGACGUGCUGGUGGUCACCGCCAAGGGGAGCAGCGCCGAGAUCAUCCCGUUCCUCAAGACCUGGGUCAACCUGCCCAUGGCCAUCGGAUUCAUGCUCCUCUACACCAAGCUCUCCAACGUUCUCUCACGGGAGGCGCUCUUCUACACCGUCAUCUUCCCCUUCAUCGCCUUCUUCGGCGCCUUCGCCUUCGUGCUCUACCCGCUCAGGGACGUCAUCCAUCCCACCGCGCUCGCGGACAAGCUUCUCGCCGCGCUCGGCCCGAGCUUCCUUGGCCCCGUCGCGAUACUGAGGAUUUGGAGCUUCUGCUUGUUCUAUGUUAUGGCUGAGCUCUGGGGCAGCGUCGUCAUCUCUGUGCUCUUCUGGGGGUUUGCGAAUCAGAUUACCACAGUUGAUGAAGCAAAGGAAUUCUACCCGUUAUUUGGCCUUGGGGCUAAUAUUGCCCUUAUCUUUUCUGGGCGUACUGUGAAGUAUUUCUCAAAUUUGCGCAAGACAUUGGGUCCUGGAAUUGAUGGCUGGGAAGUAUCUUUGAAAGGAAUGAUGAGCAUAGUGGUACUUCUUGGACUGGUCAUAACUUCCAUCUAUUGGGGAGUGAACAAGUUUGUUUUGAAUGAUCCUUCACUUCCAAAGUCUGAUCGUAAGAAGAAAAAGGAAAAGCCUAAACUUGGUAUGAAAGAGAGUCUGAAGGUUCUGCUCUCCUCGAGGUAUGUGAGGGAUCUAGCCACCUUAGUGGUUGCUUACGGCAUUAGUAUCAAUCUUGUCGAAGUCACAUGGAAAUCAAAACUCAAGGCACAGUUCCCUAGUCCAAAUGAAUACUCAUCUUUCAUGGGUGAUUUCUCGACCGCAACUGGAAUUGCAACUUUCACAAUGAUGCUGUUAGGACGAUAUAUACUACGAAAAUUUGGCUGGGGUGUGGCUGCAAUGAUCACCCCCACUGUUCUGUUGCUGACUGGUGCCGGAUUCUUCUCUCUGAUCUUGUUUGGACAGCCACUGACUCCUAUGCUUGCCACGAUGGGUAUGACCCCUCUACUGGCAGCCGUUUAUGUGGGCGCCAUGCAAAACAUAUUUAGCAAGAGUGCAAAGUACAGUUUAUUUGACCCAUGCAAGGAAAUGGCUUAUAUUCCUUUGGAUGAAGAUAUGAAGGUAAAAGGAAAAGCGGCCAUUGAUGUUGUUUGCAACCCACUGGGCAAAUCCGGUGGUGCACUUAUCCAACAAUUCAUGAUCCUGACGUUUGGAUCCCUGGCAAAUUCAACUCCAUACCUUGGCGGCAUACUGCUGGUCAUUGUUCUCGCGUGGCUAGGCGCAGCAAACUCAUUGGACAAGCAGUUCUCGGCCUUGGCUAAGGAAGACCUGAAGAAGGAGAAGGCUGCCCAAGAGAAAGUAGAACCCUCGCUACUUAAGGCGCCUGCAGAAGGCACUGGUGAUGUACCGGUGGAGCAGACAAAUGGAUCUGUGACGAGCCAAGCAACUGGAACAGAGAGCUCACCGUCGAACUCAUCCCCCAUUCAAUAGCUUCAUCAUCAGAAGUUGUAGUUAGGAGAGUGAUUACAGUGAGCAGAAAUAAUCGGUAAAAAUAAUUCAUGGCUUUCAAGUUUGUAACAGUGUGCAGCGUCAAGCUGCUAGUAACUUUUCUUUGUAACAUGAGCAAAUUUUGACAGCCGACAGUGAAUGCCGUUCUGGAAAUGGCCCCGACCCUUUGUGCCGACGUCAAAUGCAUAAAUUGUUUUUUUUUUCUGAA